CUGGGGUUUGCCCAUUCACACAUUCGUACUAACAGCUGAUUUUCGCGUAUGACGGUAUAAAAUAAAAGAUUACGAAUUGAAAGUAAAACAGAAAGUAUAUAAAAAUUGAAUACAAUCAAUAAGGAGUUAAGAAGUACCAUAUAUAAAUAAUUUUUUUUUUAAUAAAUUACUGCAUUGAAAUGGGGUCACUGUGCUCGUCAUGUUUUGGAAGCAAUGGUGAAUCAUCUAAUUUGAUGCCUUCACCGGAAACACGUCGUCAGCAGCAGCUUGAAGCAGCGGAACGGCGCCGGGAAGAAAAUGAACGGAGAGGUAUUAAGAAUCCAGAUGGUGUUAGACGACAACAACAGCGUGCCGAAGAAAAAGAAAAGAGAGAAGAGGAGGCGGCACGUGUGGGUGGUGGUGCACCUGUCCUAAAGUGGCAAGCGAAUUAAGAGGAAAGGAAACACGUAGUUUCACAUAGUUAUAGCUUUAUGAGCGUGUCAUUCUAAGUAUUCAAAAAACAUAGUUCUUUCGACACCAAAAGUGUUUAUAUUAUAAAAAAAAAACAUAUUUACAAAUCAUUGUUACACAUAUGUAUGUUUAUACAAAAAUAUUAUUAUAUGUAUUCAGCUUAAUAUUUUUUGUUAUCUUAUCCGUUAAAUUCAAAAUUUACUUAAUUGUUUAAAAACAAUCGUUUAUCUAAACAUCAUUUAAAAUUGGCGAUUUGUUUCCUCCUACCUUCUAAUGUAUUAUUAUACAUAGUAUGGAAAAAUCGUAAACUGAUCAUCAAACAUUCUUUAACGAUCUACAAGUAAAUAUUAAAUUGUGUAUUGUUGCGUUAUCUUUACGUAAGAAUCACAAAUCUAAAAAUAUUUAUAAAACAGUACCAAAAAUUAAUCAAAGCUUUUAUUAACAUUUGCAGUGUGUUUUUGUAAUUUUUAUACGUAUACAUAAACGAGCAAUUUACUGCGCGUAUAAAUUAUGGACUAAUAAAGGUGGUUUUCAAUAAAUUAA